UGUCUGUUUAUUAGUCCGGACAUGUAGAUCAACAAUUAUAACAAGGAAUUUAUCAGUUUAUUCGGGGGGAAAGAGCUAUAAUAGAAGAAGGAGAGGAACAAUAACUUUGUCGACAGUGAUGAUACAUUUGUAUGUGUGUUUCUUUUGACAAUCAGAAGUGUGAAGAUACAGAGUUGGCUUCCUGAAACCUCAUUUUAUCAAACAUCCAUGUUAAAGAUAGCAGUGUGGUGAGUCACAGUUGGUGAUGAAACAGAAAGCACUUGUCCAGUAGAAAAUUUGGUAAAACAUUUGAAAUUUUGGUGACCUAAUUUUGAAAAAUUCAUAUCCAGCAUGUUUUGCUGAAGGCAUAUAUAAAAGACUUCAAAAUAACUAUGAAAAAGACGAAGCAUAAACAAUCUUUUAGCGGAAAAAUGAGUAUCAAGUCUACAUAGACUAGCAAAAAAACGAAGUUUGGCUAAAUCGACCUCGACUUGUAUAGAAGUAAGACCUAACAUGCUUAGAGCGAUGUCUGAACGUGUGCGACGAGAGAACCUUUGAAUGAGUUUUGCACAAAGGUGAUGUACAGUUUCAAUGCGAGACCAGUCUGAAUCUGUCAGAGAAAACCAGAGUUCACAGCCGAAGAGGCAUCUUGGCAUAACAACAGACUUGUAUAAUUUCACACCCGUGAUAGGGUUCAUACCAGUAUCAAAAAAGUUGCAGUUAAGUAGCGCAAAACAUUGACUGCGUAGCCUGUUAACAAUGUCAUGGAUAUCUGGAGAUCCAAUUUUGAACUUGUUAAGAAAAAUGCCGACAUGUUUCGUAUUGGCUGACUCCGAAACAAUCCCAUUACCCAGAACCCAUUUUCGGGUGUUUUUGGAAUAGGCAUUUUUGCUUUCAUUAAAGACAAUGACAGUUGACUUAGAUGCAUUAUACAUAAAACGCCACUUAAUGCUGUACGCAUAGCAGACAUCCAUAAGAUUGUCCAGGCCACGUUUACAAAGUGAGAGCAAUGUGAUAUCGUCGGCUUGCGUCGGGCAAGUGACGUUGGUGCCAUGGAUAGAAAAUGAAUAACUUGAUGAGCACAGUUCAUUCAGUAAAUCAUUAAUAAAAACAGUGUACAGCCAAGGGGAGAUAAUGCUUCCCUGACGCGUGCCCUGGCAAACUUUGAACCAAUCGGAAACAAACCCUUGAUGAAGAACGGCACUAAACAUAUUUUCGUAUAGUGAAGCAAUAAUAUGGACGAAUUUCGAGUUAAAACCAAUAUUAGCCAAUUUAAACAAAAGGCCAUUAUGCCAGACGCAAUCAAAGGCUUUGGCAGCGUCAAGGAAGCAAGCAAACAACUUACUUUCGUUUUCACGGGCAUAGGAAAUCGAUUCAUGUACUAAGAAAGAGGUCAUUGUACUACUGACAUUCUUUUGAAAACCAUUUUGCAAAGGAUUAAUCUUGAAGAGAUCUGUUGCCUCUAAACGCACCAGUAGUAAUUUUUCAAAAACUUUUGAAAGAACAGGAAGUAAGGAAAUUGCUCGAUAACUAUCAGGGUCACAUUUAGGUUUGUUAUGACCUUUGUAUAAAGUACAAAUAAGCCCCUUGGUGAGCAAAGGUGGAACAUAUUCUAAUCUGUGGAAGGCGUUGAACAACAUGCAUAGGCAAUAGUACAAAAUAUCAUCAGCAAAAAUUAAGUGUUCAUAGACUAUGUGAUCAUAUCCCGCCGCCUUGCCUGUAGGGAGUGUCUUGCAGACGCGUUUGACCUCAUCCAAAGAGAAAUCUUCAAAAGAGACAUUACCUAAAUCAUGGGUAGAAAGAAUACGUUUUACAGAGUCGUCAAUUUUUUCCUUAAACUGGGCAUCGAAACACUCGCAGGAUGAAUAGGAAUAAACAUCUGCAAAAUAUUUUCCCCAGUGAAGCGCAAGUCGGCUAGGAUCUCGGAUAACGUCGCCGUUAAAAUUCAUUUCAGCCCCAGCGACGCCCGAUGUUUUUGAGCAACGUUUUCUUACCAUCGACCAAAAAGACUUCUGAUUCAGAUCAGCAUAGUUUUCAAUUUCAGUAUUUAAAUUAACAAUGUGUUCCUCGGACACCUGUCUGUGUCUGUUUCUGAAAACACGUUUGGCUUCCUUAUAAUUACGGUAGGAUAAGGAAUUACGGGGUCGACCUUGACUGACCCACACUUGACGACACUUCCACAUGUUACGAUGAAGAUCUCUGAGCUUAUCGUUCCAAUAAGGUUUCAAGAAUUUACAAAAUUUACGUUUUGGCAAAGUAUGCUCUGAUGCUUUUAGCAAACACGACAGAAGCUCGCGUGAGUAAUCGUCAACCGCUUCCUUGGAAUUAAAUUCCUGUACAGUGUGGAGGGAUGAAAGAUUGAUACGUGAGACAAGAUCUUGACGGUAGUCAUCAACAUUCCUUGCGACUCCUGUGGUGAUCCAUUUGAAAGACAAACGAUAGUGUUUUUCACAAGAAUUUUCGUCUGAAGCCAACUUAGGAAAUACCAAUUCACAAAUCAUCGGUCUGUGGUUCGACACGUCAAGAUUUCACUGAUCUUCACCAUGGCAACACCCAUCGGUCAAACCGCUUUCCGUCCUAAAGGUCAGAAAACAUGUAUUCAACAUAAAGAGAAACCGCUGGAACUUUAUUGUGAGAAAUGUGAUCAACUUAUCUGCCUUACAUGUUUACUAUCAACUCACAAAGGUCAUGAUGUUUGUGAACUCAGUGCAAUUACUCCUCAAAAGAAACAAAAUAUCAAAAGUUUUAUUGAUAAAACAGAACAAAAUGACCUGAAACAAGUCAGGGAAUAUAUAUCUUCUGUGGAUACACUCCUUAAAAACAACACCAGCAAUUUUGAGGAAUUUUCACUCAAGUUAAAAUCUCAAACAGAUAAAAUUAAACAAGACCUUGAUUUGCUUACAGCACAGACACUCUCAGUUUACAAACAGAUGGAAGAGGACAAUGCCAGGCUGAUUCUAAAGUACAAAAAAGACCUGGAGACGUACAACAAGCAACUAAAACAACAACUACAGGAAUGUAAGGUGGCCCUCCAGCAAGGUUCUCACCUGGAAAUCUACGACACAGAGUGUGAAAUACAUCCGUCAAUACAUCUCCCAGUGAAUCCUGUCCUGGGUACGGCCAGCUUCACACCUAACACAACUCCACAACAUCAUCUACAACUGGCCUUAGGGACAGUUACCACCUCAGGUCAAACAUCAGCUGACCAGGAUCGGUCAGUCUUAGCAUCAGGUGACCAGGAACAAUCCUCUAAACAACAACAAACAGGAGUAAAAGGGAAGAAAGCAGUGAUAAGUAAAACACCACUGUCAGAGACCAAAGUGGUGAAGGAGUGGGAGUCUCCAUGUAACAUUGGGUCUAUAUGUCCCACCACUGAUGGUCAGGUGUGGACCAGUAAUUACACUGAUACAUUAACUCUCCUUAACAGGGAAGGUAAAGUAGUACAGAAGGUCAAACACACGGCUGGCAUCAGAGACAUCAGUCUAUCACCCACAACACACACACUGUGGGUCUGUGACAGACAAAACAACAUCAUGGAGCUGGUAUCAGGACGACUUACAAACAAAUUCAGAACCAAGGAGACACCCUUGUGUAUAUGUGUUACAGCCAGUAACCAUAUCAUUGUGGGGAUGGACAAACACAUCUGUAAAUUUACUACACAAGGUCAAAUGGUACUCACUACAAUGGCUGUAGGGACUGGGAAACCAUUAGUGUAUUCACCAUGGAGGAUGUCAGAGUGUCCAGUAACUCACAAUGUCACAGUGACUGAUUUCAACUAUGAAAGUGACGGUGGUGAUGGAAAGGAACGUGUUGUUGUCAUGGAUACUGACUUCCAGGAAGUGUUUGUAUAUAGAGGUGACAUCCCCAGUACAUAUAAACAAACACCACAAACAGGACGUGUAAGAUUUGACCCCAGGGAUGUGGUGUAUGACAGUGUGGGGAACCUCAUCAUAAGGGACAGGGACAGCUGUAGGGUCCUACUCCUCAGUGGAGGUGGUGAGUUCCUCAGGAUCAUAUACACAGACAGAGUGGAGACAUGGGCUGUAGGUAUAGACAGGGACGAUGUUCUGUGGGUAGUGUUUGGGGGUAACAAUGUAAAACUACUACUACAGUACAGUGUGUGACAGUACUACUACAGUACAGUGUGUGACAGUACUACUACAGUACAGUGUGUGACAGUACUACUACAGUACAGUGUGUGACAGUACUACUACAGUACAGCAGUGUGUAACAGUACUACUACAGUACAGUGUGUGACAGUACUACUACAGUACAGUGUGUGACAGUACUACUACAGUACAGUGUGUGACAGUAUUACUACAGUACAGUGUGUGACAGUACUACUACAGUACAGUGUGUGACAGUACUACUACAGUACAGUGUGUGACAGUACUACUGCAGUACAG